UGUUCAGAAGAAGCCACGGAGUGAAGGGCACACAUUGAGUGAAGUCGCUCUACUCUUUUUGAUGAAUGUAGCAAAAAAAAUCAGAGGACUUUGAAAAUACAUAUCUAGGCAUAGAGCACACGAUCACCACGCUCUUUUUGUGUUGUGUUUUUUACUUUGCAUCGUUGGAAGACCGCUUACCUGCCUUUGUUAGCUGGAUUGGCUAGCUUACAUUAACCAGAGCUCGCUAGCUUGCUUGGUAGCUAGAUAUACGUUCGCUAGCUACGGAGCUGUUGGUUUUACGGCAGAUUGUUUUUACUGAGCUAGCGGGUUAGCAAGCAUCUGCUGGCUGGCUCUAUACCAGCCAGUUUGUCGGAGGACUGUGUUUUUAUAUCUCUUUCGUUUGGGACAAGUCGGGAUCAACGUUACACCAUCACUAGUGUGUGACGAGGCGGCGGGCAGCAGCACACAGCAGUAUGCGCGGGCGGAGCUGAGAGCACCGCGGCAUCCUGACGUUCCUGUAGCAGGGAGGUACCGGCUCCGGUCUACCUCCACCACCUCCCUCCUCCUCCUCCUCCUUCUCCUCCUCCUCCUCCUCCCGCCCUGCCCCUCCCCCCCUCCACCUCUUCAGCCGGGCACAUGUUCUCGCCGGAGCAGGAAAACAUCUCCACCGCCUCCACAAAAGUGCCAGUCAAGUACGGAGAGCUCAUCGUGCUGGGGUACAAUGGCUCUUUGCCCAACGGAGACCGAGGGAGGAGGAAGAGCCGAUUUGCUCUCUUCAAGAGACCCAAAGCCAACGGGGUGAAGCCCAGCACAGUGCACGUAGCAUGCACCCCUCAGGCAGCCAAGGCCAUAAGCAACAAGGACCAGCACAGCAUCUCCUACACCCUGUCCCGAGCUCAGACGGUGGUGGUGGAGUACACCCAUGACAGCAAUACAGACAUGUUCCAGAUCGGACGCUCCACGGAGAGCCCCAUCGACUUCGUGGUGACGGACACGGUGCCCGGUAGCCAGAGCAACGCCGACACGCAGUCGGUCCAGAGCACCAUCUCGCGCUUCGCCUGUCGCAUCAUGUGCCAGCGCACCCCGCCCUACACCGCUCGCAUCUUCGCUGCCGGCUUCGACUCCUCCAAAAACAUCUUCCUGGGGGAGAAAGCAGCCAAGUGGAAGACGUCGGACGGUCAGAUGGACGGCCUGACGACUAACGGGGUGCUGGUGAUGCACCCACGGAAUGGCUUCAUGGAGGACUCCAAGCCCGGCGUCUGGAGGGAGAUCUCCGUCUGCGGCAACGUUUUCACCCUCCGAGAGACCCGUUCGGCUCAGCAGCGCGGCAAGAUGGUGGACAACGAGACCCAGGAGCUGGUGGACGGCUCGCUGAUCGACCUGUGCGGCGCCACGCUGCUGUGGCGCACGGCCGAGGGCCUGUCGCGCACGCCCACCGUCAAGCACCUGGAGGCGCUGCGCCAGGAGCUGAACGCGGCGCGCCCGCAGUGCCCCGUGGGCUUCAACACGCUGGCCUUCCCCAGCAUGCGCCGCAAGGACGUGGUGGACGAGAAGCAGCCCUGGGUCUACCUGCACUGCGGCCACGUGCACGGCUACCACAACUGGGGCAACCACGACGAGAGGGGCCGCAUGGGCGGGAUGGCCGGCAUGGGAGAUAUGGGAGGAGGGGGUCUGGAGGGGCGCGAGCGCGAGUGCCCCAUGUGCCGUGCGCGGGGCCCCUACGUGCCGCUCUGGCUGGGCUGCGAGCCGGGCUUCUACCUGGACGCGGCGCCGCCCACGCACGCCUUCGCGCCCUGCGGCCACGUGUGCUCGGAGAAGACGGUGGCCUUCUGGAGCCAGAUCCCGCUGCCCCACGGCACACACACCUUCCACGCCGCCUGCCCCUUCUGCGCCCAGCAGCUGUGCGGCGAGCAGGGCUACAUCAGACUCAUAUUCCAGGGCCCAGUGGAUUAGGGCCCCGACGCUCCAACUUCCAUUGAAACUCUCUCUCUUUAUCUCUCUCUCUUUAUCUUAAUCUAUCUCUCUCUCUCUCACACUAUGCAUUUUUCUCCCUUCUCUUGCUCUGUUUCUCUUCUGAUCUUCCCUCCCUCUUUCAAGGGAUCCCUGGUUAAACUAUGCUUAUAAUUACGUGUACAGUAUAAGCUAGUGUCUCCUUUUUUUAUUUUGUAUUUGAAAAAAAAAAACUACUACUGCUCGUCCAUCGUUGCGGACGCGGCAGACGUUUUUUGGUCGGUGGGUGAGAUUUAAGCAAGACUCAGUCCGACUUCGGUCGUACUCAACUCUCUCCUUUUGAAAAAGAAUUUGCUCUCUCGUUUUUAAGUGACCUUUCUAGUGCUUUUUUCUUAUCCAGAAUGAAAAACAAAGAGUAUAUUUUCAACUAAAUACACACAGAAAAUGACAAAAAAAUAACCUUAUAAAAAAAAAUAUAUGAUGUCCCAUCCAGCAACCGAUGCCUUGCUGGAUUGAUUUGUAAACAGUGUUCAUUUACUAACAGGCCGUGAGGGGCCGUUUUGAUCUUAAGUGAUUGAAUAUCUGUAUCGUCUAUGACUCUUGUGUGUUCAGCAGACUCUCUCACACACACACACAGAAAACUCUACUUGUAGCUCCUUUUGUAGAAAGCUGUUGUUGAUGUUUUUUCCUCAUUUACUGAAUAUGCCUAAAAAUGAAAUACUUGGUAACGUUUUUAUUUAAAACAGCUGUAUAAAUGUUUAUCAGAUAUAAUCAGUUAUUAGCGUGUCUUGGGGAGUUUUAGUUCCAUGUUCCUCUUUUAUGGUUUCAUUUCACCUUUAAUAUUUUUUUUGUUUGUUUUCUUUAUUUUCUGCCUUUUUGUUGGAUUCCUGUUUUGGGUCUUAUCAGAGUAUAUAUUUUCAACAUUCUCUUGUAGCUGAUGAAUACUUAUCAAAAGUUGUUUGUUUGUUUUUCUCUGUCGAGUUCAGUAGUGUCUCUCUCUCUCUGACAUUUGUAACACGUGUGUGUUUGCGUGUACUAAAAUACUGUAUCUGAUGCAUUACCAUGGCAUUUCUUUCCCAUACUAAAGCAAGCAAUAGAAUCAGGGUUUCACACGGACGUCAGACUGUGGGGGGAUUUGUUGCCCACAGUUAGUCCCUCAAAAGCCCCAGAAGCCUUCUCUUCAGUCUGCUUUCCCUUUAAGCACAGACCGAAACAUUCAGCCCUGUCUUUACUGGUUGUGUCCCGAAUGGGUGUGUGUGUUUGUGUGUGUGUGUGUGUAUGUAUGUAUUUAUGUGUGUGUGUGUGUCUGUCUGUGUGUAUGUGUUAUGUGGCCUUAAAUUCUGGUCACUCUCAGGCCCUGACUUCCAGGUUUCUCACCCCCACCACCGUUCUGCCCCUGCUGGGGUGACCAGUGAGGAAUUGUAACCCCUCUCUCUCUCUCGCCAGAAUUCCACCUCUCCCUUACAGAGAUUCUCAGCUCUUCACCAUUGUAAAAGCAGGAACUUUGUUCUCUGCUCAGCUAUGGUCAUUACUUAGAGGGCCACAACUCAAAGCAUGAUAAAUGACAAUAGACCUGCUAGUGAAUGGCCCUUCCCCCUCUGGUCAUAUAUGCUCAAAAGUGCAUAGAGAAGUGCUUGGGUCAACUGUCCUUAUCACAAGACCUGACGUGUUGCCUGAACUGAUGACUUGUUUCUAGUUUCUGUUGUUGGCAUUGCUUGCGAGACAUGCCAUUUGGAAGAAGUGAAAUGGGCCUUAAUGCUAAUCUGCAUUAAAACUCAAAGACCCCUUUUAAAAAGAAAAUGAAACCUAAAUAUUUGCUCCUGAAUGUAGUCUGAGUGAUUGAGUUUGUGCACACAAGUGUGUUUGUGGACUUACACCCUGUACACAUGGAUGUGUAGUGAGUCUUAUGACUGUGUUCUCCGCACAUAGUGUGCGUGCACAUGAUGUCUAUUUAUGUGGGAAGUAGACAAAUGGGUGUCCUUUGCACAAACACACUCAGCGCUGAAAGUAUGUGAAGAGAUCAACACACGCCGAACAUUAAUGUAGACAACGUAUUGCGUGUCUGUGUGUGUAACGUCUGGACACACUCCAUACACGUGUUUUGUAUGCGUGUACAUGCCUUCCCACCCCUCUGUGGACUAACUUGUGUGUGCGUGUUGACUAUAUGGGGUUGGUCCCACAAGGUGGGUUUGGCCGCAGUACUGAAUGUGAGGCAGAAACUCCAGCGCAGCAUCCCCCCCACCAGCCUGUGCUCAACAUGCCCCCCCCCCCCCCCUCACACCACACACACACACAGAGCUGUAUUUGUCAAGGCCAUCUGAGGAGGUCUCGGUGGCGCAACUGGAAUUAAAGUAAAGGUCUACUCCUCUCUCCACGUCCCCACCACAUCACCAUGUUCAUGUUGUGUCUCACUGUGUGCUCUCUGUCCUUUGAUCCAGUAUUAAACGUGUUCAAGCUGACCUGUUCAAAGCACCGCGUGUUUCUCUUGGAAGAAACCUGUGCGCCAAGGGCUUUAUUUUCUAUGUCCUCCUGACUGUUGUAUUUGUCCCUCUCUCUUCUAAAGGCUGGCCUGAAUGCAUGACCCCCCCCCCCCCCCCCUUUACAGCAGCACAGUGUUUUUCUGUAUCCCCCCCCCCCCCCACCUGACUCUUGUCCCCCACCUCCCAAAGCCUGCCUGACCUUCGCUCUGGAAUUUUCCAAUGCUUCACAGCAAAAAAAGCUGAGAAUGUUUUUGAUUUUACCUGUUCUUUUUGUACCAACUUUAAACAAUAAAGUUUUUAAAAUGA